GCGGCUGCCACUGUCGAGUGGCUCCGCAACGGACGUCCCGGCCCGUACCCUCCACCGGGGCGGCUGGCCUCGCGGACGGGUUCCCAGCGGGGCGCGAUGGACAGCCCCGAGGUGACCUUCACGCUGGCCUACCUGGUCUUCGCCGUGUGCUUCGUGUUCACGCCCAGCGAGUUCCACUCAGCCGGGCUUACGGUGCAGCACCUGCUGUCGGGCUGGCUGGGCAGCGAGGACGCCGCCUUCGUGCCCUUCCACUUGCGCCGCACGGCCGCCACGCUGCUGUGCCACUCGCUGUUGCCGCUUGGCUACUAUGUGGGCAUGUGCUUUGCAGCCUCAGAAAAGGAACUCUACUUCCCUAGCCAGGCCCCAGAGGCCUGGCAACUCUUCCUUUUGCUGGCCGUGACCCUCCCCUCUGCUGCCUGCAUCCUGAUCUACUACUGGUCCCAUGACCAGUGGGCUCACCACCCGCUGGCCCGCACCUUGGCACUCUAUGCCCUCCCACAUUCGGGAUGGUGGGCUGUCGCCUCCUCCAUCAACACCGAGUUCCGACGAAUUGACAAGUUUGCCACUGGGGCGCCAGGUGCCCGUGUGAUUGUGACAGACACAUGGGUGAUGAAGGUGACCACAUACCGUGUACACGUGGCCCAGCAGCAGGACGUGCACCUGAUUGUGACCGAAUCUCGGCAGCAUGAGCUCUCUCCAGACUCAAACCUGCCCAUACAGCUCCUCACCAUUCACGUGGCCAGCGCCAUCCCCGCCGUGCAGGCCUUUGACAUCCGGCUGAACUCCACGGAGUAUGGGGAGCUGUGUGAGAAGCUCCGUGCACCCAUCCGCCACGCGGCCAAUGUGGUCAUCCGCCAGAGCCUGGGAGACCUGUUCCUGGAGACCUUUGCCUCCCUGGUGGAGGUCAACCCAGCCUACUCAGUGCCGAGCAGCCAGGAGCUAGAGGCAUGCAUCGGCUGCAUGCAGAUGCGUGCCAGCGUGAAGCUGGUGAAGACCUGCCAGGAGGCAGCAGCUGGCGAGUGCCAGCAGUGCUACUGCCGCCCCAUGUGGUGCCUUACCUGCAUGGGCAAGUGGUUCGCCAGCCGCCAGGACCCCCAGCGCCCUGACACCUGGCUGGCCAGUCGUGUGCCCUGCCCCACCUGCCGUGCGCGCUUCUGCAUCCUGGACGUGUGUACUGUGCGCUGAGCUGCAAGGUGGCUGUGCACCUCCACCAGCCGCAGGUGGGGGAGCAGCCAGGCCUCUGGACUGGCAAAGGGCCCUAUUCACAGUGCAUGACCUGAGCUCUCGCCUCUGUUCUGAGUGCAGAAGGCUGGAGACUUUGUCUAAAAGCAGUUCUCAUGGAAACAUCCCAUGCCCCAGGUGGCAUCAGAUAGGUCCUCAGCCCCUUCUCAUUCCCUCUCUCCACUCCUC